AUGGCGACCUCUUUGCCCCAAGAAGGGGCAUGGCCCGCCGAAUUCCGCAAGCAUGCCAUGCAACUCGGUAAAUACCUCAAGGACACCCUCCUGUACAUCGAACGCGCGAAAGACCAACCUGUUCCCUAUGAUCUGGCCAGGACUAUGGCUAUGGGCGCACUGUCCCUUGUUAACAAGAUCAACAACAUCCCAGAUGUCAGCACCGUACACGACGCGCUCCGGAUGGAGAGAACGGAAGCAAAGAUCGCAGCGGAAAGCACGAUGCAGGCUCUAGACGAAAUCAAGAUGGAACUUAAACAAGAACAGCCGGGCCCACCACACCAUAGCAGCUAG